AACAUUUCCCUGCACCCGAACGCCUCCUCCACACGGCACGCCACGUGCUUAACCAGGAAAAAGAACCGCGCAUGCCCCGGACGCAUUGGGGACACCCCGCGACGCCACGGUGCCUCUCGCUCGCUCGCGGCAAGCCGAGAUGUCGUUGCUGGUGAACCCCGAAGCGCAGCUCCUCCAAGAGGUGAUGCUGAAAGAUCAGAGGGCCUUCGCGUACAAGAUGCUGAUGCUUCGCAGAGCGAAGUCGAACCCACCAGCGACCAGACCAGCAAGGACUGCAGCGCUGAAGCCACACACAUCAGUCUCGCCACCACGUACCAGACCGGCACCGACCAUGUCUCGGGCCGUUCGAGGUGCCGAUCGUCCUCCGAGCGUGCCCUGGGAUGGCAGGUCGGUGGUCUUUGUGCCAGCACGGCCCAGGACCGAUAUCUCUGGCUGGGCCACGAGAUAAGGAAAAAAUGGCCAGACAUCCCGAAGGGAUGACCGGUUUCGGCCAGCGGCCUUCAGAUGACGUAUUCCCAAAGAGGAGGACGCAUCCGAACCCCCCGCCCAUGCGUUUCGGGCGGUGAAAGAAGGUGCGCGACUGUUUAGGUGUUGAGGCGGACGAGUGAAAA